AUGCAAUUUGAAACAUACUUUAAAGCUACAGAAGAAGCAUUUGCUCAAGAAAAGGAAGCGGCUUUAGAUAAAAUUCUUGGAUUAAAGAAAUGCUGGCAAGAAGUUCAGGAAUUAGACAAUAAAGUCAUCGAAAAAUGCAAUCGAAUGAGUGAAGUUAAGCGAUUAGUGAAUAAAAGUCACAUGCAAAUAUUGAGAACGAAGGAAGAAUGUCUCCAAAUGCAGUUGAAAAAUGCUCAAUUGCGUUUCCAUGUUAGACAAUUACAAAACGAAAUUUUUAGACUUUUACCUUUUUCACAUACACAAGUUCCAAGUACAGAAUAUAUAAUGUCUCUUGAUAGAGAUGUUUUUAAAGCCCAACAGCAUUCAACAAAAUCAGAAGCUGAUGAAGAGCACAUGGUUGAGAUAAAGAAACUGCACAAAAUGUGGUCUGAUCUUGUUGCUCUUCAGAAACGAGUAUUUACUGAAGAAAAAAAUCAAUACGAAGAAGAUGCAGCACAAUGGAAAAAAUUUUCAACAGCUGUAGAAAACCAAUCAAAAGCUACGCAUAAAAUUAUUGACACUUAUCUUAACCAGAUCACAAUGGGUUAUGGAAGUUUGAAGCGUCAAGAUGACGAAGACCAAGAAAAGCAAAAAAAUUUUAUUCAAGAACUCGAAAAGAAAAUUAAUAAGCUUUCAACAAAAUCAAAGACACUUACUGUAUCCCUUGAGGCAAAGAAAGAAGCUGAUAAAAAGAAAACCACACGUAUUUCAAAUAAGAUUACAAGAGAACUUCAAAGAAGAAUUCAAUCUUUGCAAAACAAAAAUGGUGAUAUUAUUGAAGAUAUGCAAGAUGAAAAUGAUGAUCUUUAUGAAAAAGAAGACAUCCUUUUGGAUGAUCUUGAUGAAAUAAAUGAGAAGAUUAAAAAGUAUCAAUCUGAAAUAGAAGGUUUAACAGCUGAAGGUGAAGAACGUCUCGAAAAUCUUGAAGCCCAGUUAAAUGCUUUAAUUAGUGCUGCAUCGGGUAUCAAUAUAGUACCAAAAGAUCAGCAUGUUGCAAUUGUUGGUGCUGUUGCUGCAGCUGUGAGCAUGCAUGGUUGUUCAGCUACCAAAGCCGAGAGGACCAAUACUCAAUUAGAAAACUUGCGAUAUAGGUACGGAUUACAAACUCCUGUUUAUGAUUAA